GAGAGUCCGCGCGCGAGCGGGACGCGGCGCUGGAUGCAGAGCCGCUCGCCGCCAGCCGCCCGCCGCUCCCUGGCGCCGCAGGCGGCGUCCGCCUCUGAAGCCGCGGCGCCCGCGCCCGGGCCGCCCGGACCUCCGCGCCCCGGCGCCGGGUCCUCGCGUGGCGGCCGCCCAGGGACAGCGCCCGCGGGCCGGGCGGAGGAGGAGGAGGCGGAGGACGAGGACGUGGACCGGGACCCGCGCACCUGGCCGCGCCGCCGCCGCCUCUCGCGCCGCGGGCGGAGGAGCGCGCCGCGGGGAGCCAUGGGCGGCCGCGCGGUCCACGGGCUGCUGCUGCCGCUCGGGCUCCUGCUGCCGCUGCUGACGGCCGGGCCGGGCGCCGGCGCCCGCGCCCCCAGCAACCAAGUUGUGUUGCUUGAUACAACUACUGUUCUUGGAGAGCUAGGAUGGAAAACAUAUCCAUUAAAUGGGUGGGAUGCCAUCACUGAAAUGGAUGAACACAACAGGCCCAUUCACACAUACCAGGUAUGCAAUGUGAUGGAGCCAAACCAAAACAACUGGCUUCGUACAAACUGGAUCUCCCGUGAUGCAGCUCAGAAAAUUUAUGUGGAAAUGAAGUUCACCCUGAGGGACUGUAACAGCAUCCCAUGGGUCUUGGGGACUUGCAAAGAAACAUUUAAUCUGUAUUAUGUGGAAUCAGAUGAGUCCCAUGGAAUUAAAUUUAAGCCAAGCCAGUAUACAAAGAUCGACACAAUUGCUGCUGAUGAAAGUUUUACCCAGAUGGAUUUGGGUGAUCGCAUUCUCAAACUGAACACGGAAAUUCGCGAGGUGGGGCCUAUAGAAAGAAAAGGAUUUUAUCUGGCUUUUCAAGACAUUGGGGCAUGCAUUGCCCUGGUCUCCGUACGUGUUUUCUACAAAAAGUGCCCCUUCACUGUUCGUAACUUAGCCAUGUUUCCAGACACCAUCCCGAGGGUUGAUUCUUCCUCUUUGGUUGAAGUAAGGGGCUCUUGUGUGAAGAGUGCAGAAGAGCGUGACACUCCGAAACUGUAUUGUGGAGCUGAUGGCGAUUGGCUGGUUCCUCUUGGAAGGUGUAUCUGCAGUACAGGAUAUGAAGAAAUUGAGGGUUCUUGCCAAGCUUGCAGACCAGGAUUCUAUAAAGCAUUUGCCGGGAACACAAAGUGUUCUAAGUGCCCUCCGCACAGUUUAACGUACAUGGAAGCAACUUCUGUCUGUCAGUGUGAGAAGGGUUACUUCCGAGCUGAAAAAGACCCAGCUUCCAUGGCGUGUACCAGGCCACCUUCAGCUCCUAGGAAUGUGAUUUUUAACAUCAAUGAAACAGCCCUUAUUUUGGAAUGGAGUCCACCAAGUGACACAGGAGGGAGAAAAGAUCUCACAUACAGUGUAAUCUGUAAGAAAUGUGGCUUAGACACCAGCCAGUGUGAGGACUGUGGUGGAGGACUCCGCUUCAUCCCAAGACAUACUGGCCUGAUCAACAAUUCUGUGAUAGUUCUUGACUUUGUGUCUCACGUGAAUUACACCUUUGAAAUAGAAGCCAUGAAUGGAGUUUCUGAGUUGAGUUUUUCUCCCAAGCCAUUCACAGCUAUUACAGUGACCACGGAUCAAGACGCACCUUCCCUGAUAGGUAUGGUAAGGAAGGACUGGGCAUCCCAAAAUAGCAUUGCCCUAUCAUGGCAAGCACCUGCUUUUUCCAAUGGAGCCAUACUGGACUACGAGAUCAAGUACUAUGAGAAAGUCUACCCCCGGAUAGCGCCGGCAUUUUGGCACUACCUGCGGGUAGAAGAGCAUGAGCAGCUCACCUACUCCUCCACGAGGUCCAAGGCCCCCAGUGUCAUCAUCACAGGCCUCAAGCCGGCCACCAAGUACGUAUUCCACAUCAGAGUGAGGACAGCUGCCGGAUACAGUGGCUACAGCCAGAAGUUUGAGUUUGAGACUGGAGAUGAAACUUCUGACCUGGCGGCCGAGCAGGGGCAGAUUCUCGUGAUAGCCACGGCCGCGGUCGGCGGAUUCACGCUGCUCGUCAUUCUCACUUUGUUCUUCUUGAUCACCGGGAGGUGCCAAUGGUACAUAAAGGCCAAAAUGAAGUCAGAAGAGAAGAGAAGAAACCACUUACAGAAUGGGCAUUUACGCUUCCCAGGAGUUAAAACUUACAUAGAUCCAGAUACAUACGAAGACCCAUCCCUCGCAGUCCAUGAAUUUGCCAAGGAGAUUGAUCCCUCAAGGAUUCGCAUUGAGAGAGUCAUUGGGGCAGGUGAAUUUGGAGAAGUCUGCAGUGGGCGUCUGAAGACACCAGGGAAAAGAGAGAUCCCAGUUGCCAUCAAAACUUUGAAAGGUGGCCACAUGGACCGGCAAAGAAGAGAUUUUCUAAGAGAAGCUAGUAUCAUGGGUCAGUUUGACCACCCAAAUAUCAUUCGCCUAGAGGGUGUUGUCACAAAAAGAUCCUUCCCAGCCAUUGGGGUGGAGGCGUUUUGCCCCAGCUUCCUGAGGGCAGGGUUUUUAAAUAGCAUCCAGGCCCCGCAUCCAGUGCCAGGGGGAGGAUCUUUGCCCCCCAGGAUUCCUGCUGGCAGACCAGUAAUGAUCGUGGUGGAAUACAUGGAGAAUGGCUCCCUAGACUCCUUUUUGCGGAAACACGAUGGCCACUUCACAGUCAUCCAGUUGGUCGGUAUGCUCCGAGGCAUCGCGUCAGGAAUGAAGUACCUUUCUGAUAUGGGUUACGUUCAUCGCGACCUGGCAGCUAGGAAUAUAUUGGUCAACAGCAACUUAGUAUGCAAAGUCUCUGAUUUUGGUCUCUCCCGGGUGCUGGAAGACGAUCCAGAAGCCGCUUAUACAACAACUGGUGGGAAGAUCCCCAUAAGGUGGACAGCCCCAGAAGCAAUUGCCUACAGAAAAUUCUCCUCGGCAAGUGACGCGUGGAGCUACGGGAUUGUCAUGUGGGAGGUCAUGUCCUAUGGAGAGAGACCUUACUGGGAAAUGUCUAACCAAGAUGUCAUCCUGUCCAUUGAAGAAGGUUACAGACUCCCGGCUCCUAUGGGCUGUCCGGCAUCUCUGCACCAGCUGAUGCUCCAUUGCUGGCAGAAGGAGAGAAAUCACAGACCCAAAUUUACCGACAUCGUCAGCUUCCUUGACAAGCUGAUCCGCAGUCCCAGUGCCCUUCACACCCUGGUGGAGGACGUCCUGGUAAUGCCAGAGUCCCCUGGUGAAGUUCCCGAAUAUCCUUUGUUUGUCACAGUCGGUGACUGGCUGGAUUCUAUAAAAAUGGGGCAAUAUAAGAAUAACUUCAUGGCCGCAGGCUUUACCACUUUUGACCUGAUUUCAAGAAUGAGCAUCGAGGACGUCAGAAGAAUCGGAGUCAUCCUCAUUGGACACCAGAGACGAAUAGUCAGCAGCAUACAGACUUUGCGUUUACACAUGACGCACAUACAGGAGAAGGGGUUUCACGUAUGAAACUACUGCAAGCACCUGCGUUUCGUGCCUCAGCAUUUCUAAAACGAAAGAUACCCUCUCUGCUGAUUCUCCGAACAUCGCUUCACAAACCGCAGUCUCCUGUUCAGACUACGAGCGCACCUUUUGUUUAUGCUUCCAACCCGGCUUUUAAAAUCGUGCUUCACAGGUCCUUGCUGAACAACCUGCAGAUAAAACCGCGGCCCCUGCAGAGCCGCGCUGCGCGAUGGUGAAUGCUCGGCACGGGUGUGUAGCUCGGUCCAGCAGUGCUGGGGACGUGCCCACGCCUCACCCUGGAGUCCGCCCGGAUGCGGCUGCCUUCAGGGUGUGUUCAGAGUUUGAUGGUAGAUGAAAAAGAGAGAGUCGAUCUUUCUUUCAUGUUUUGUGAUCAAGUAGCUUCCAAAUUGACAUGAAAUUUAUUUUUUAGAUAAUUAUAUUCAACUCUAUGGGUCGUUUUGUUGGUUUAUUUUAUAAUAGUUUAACUGUUGAUGCCUGAUGUUGAUAGAUUUGCAGAAAUGACUGACGAUUUCAUGUAGUGAAUUCUUGUCAGGUGUGACUGUGGUGAGAAUGGGGUCAUCGGGGAGGGAGAAACACCCUGGGCUUUUAAAUCUUCCAAGGCUGAGUUUGUUUUUUUUUAAAUUAGCUUUAUGGUGUCCUACAUCUUUCAUAGUAGGUGGUAAUUGAGAGGUUUCUGCUCUAACCUUUUGCUAACUAUGGUAUGUUUCUCCACGACCUUGUGGAGGUCACGCCUGAAACACCAAGAAUGAGUCCAGUGCUCUAAAGGCUCCCGUAGAGUGAAGCAUGGAGUAAAACCAUGGCCGUUCCCUUGUUCAUCUUCACAAGUUUGCAAAAGUAAUUAUCAAAGCGCUGAGAAAAUUAGUUACUCUCAGUAGAAUUACGUUGAAUAAAAGAUCUAAGAUUAUACCCUUAGAUUUAAUAUAAAAAGAUUAAUUAAUUUAAGCAGAAUUUUAUGAUAGCUAUAUGGAGGUCCAAGAAAAUAAACACAGCUAGCUGACUGUCUGAUUUAGGUGCAUUUUGCAAGUUUAAGAACUUUAUAUUUUUUCCGUCAAAAUAAGUUACAUGAACAUGCUGAGCUGUUUUCCAAACCUUCCAAGAGAUGAGUAUGCCAUUGCAUACUCCAAAGAGGCUAUAAACAGAUCCGACACAAGAGCAUAUAUAAAAUGUGUGUCAACCUGGGUCCCUACUACAGUAACAUAAAAACGUGAACACAGCUAAGAUGUGUUGUCAUAACCUUCUCAGAUGCUGCAAAAAAGACAGAUAUACUUUUCAGUGAGUUCAGCUGAGUCAGCUUCUCAAAGUAGUGCUAUCUUACGAACAAAUUCAAUUAUAAAAUCAGCUGUUCCCUGUGAAACUAAAAAAAUGACUGGUGUGCUAGGUGGAAGAGUGGGGAGCAUAUGUUAGAGAAAAAGAGAGCAGGUUGUCUAAAGAUACUGAUUUACUAAAUCGGUUUUUAUUUGAUCUCAGAGAUAAAGGUGCUCUACCCACAUUCUCAAAUUCCUACCUAAAUUAUAUUUUUGGGUGAUAGUAGCUUUCUUGCUAUUAAAGGAGCCUCAUUUUUUCUUUUUUCCUUAUUUUACGCCUUGUCAAUCAUCCCAUUAGACUAGACCCUUCCACAUAUUUUCUUUUGCUGAUUUAUCUCCUGAUUUUAGCCUACCACAGCUAAAUUUUCCCCAUUUCAAAAACAAAGUGUAUAGAGCUACAAGGAACUGUCUUUAAAAUAUUCCUUAAAGUAUACUAAAAAUGAAAAAAGUGGGAAAUCCAUCACUGUUUGAGUAAGUGUGUGAGAAAUAGCUAGCAACGUUUUCCAGCCGUCCCCUGCAUGGUCAUGCCUCACUCACAGACUCUGCAGUUUGCUUGAUGCAUUUACACAAACCUGGAUACAUUUAGAGGAAAUAUAAAAUUUCCAUAUUUAUCUGUCUUCAAAUAUAUAUUAAAUAAGAACAGAUAUAAAACAGAUUAAAUUUAUUAAUCAUAUAUAUUUAUUUUUAUAACAAAAAAGGUAUUUAGAAAAAUAAGGAAUAGAAUAAUUAUGGUCUUCCAUAGGUCUCUGUCAGCAACAUCUGUAUACUUUGAUGAAAUAAAUUCUAUAAAGUAUUUAAACUUCUUUGGGAUGGGCAUUCAGUGCUUUGCAAGAUUAAAGUUCUCUGUUAAAAAUUUUUUUCUUAAAGAAGUCCAGUGAUUUUAUUCUAUAUGUGGUUAACUUGUACUUUUUUUUUCUUGCCUAACAUCUUUUUCUAGUAUUACAAAACUACCUUUACACUUUGUCUCUUACCCCAAAUCUUCUUUAAAAUUUCUUUAAGUUUACAUUUAUAUUUUCAGAACUGUAAGCAUGAUAAUCUCAAGUGUAAUUUUCAGCCUCAUCAUGGCUAGAGCAAGGUUGAAAUGUGUGUGCAAGAUUAAACAAAAACAUUUUAUCAAAAGAUCUCUAUUUCUUUACUGCCUACAAACCAUGUACUCCAUGAUCCCAAGGGAGUUAUAAUGUUCAGGAAUACUAACAGUUAAAUUGCCAAAUUCAUUUGGAAAUUUUACUUGAAAUAUUUGAGAUUUACUAAUGCACAUAUUGAGUAAUUAAAACUGUUUAACAUGCAUAAGCAGAGAACUUAAUUAUAGAAAGAAAAUGAGUUGCUUCCAUAAGUCACAAGCCUUCAGGAAUAAUCUUUGAUAACAAAACUAUGCAUAUACAUUCAUGUACCUGCUUUAUUUUAAAUUUCUUAAUUUAUACUACUGAGGGGCUUUGCGGAUUUUGAAAAUCAGAGAGUUGAAGAAACCAUUUUCAUUUUAUCUUCUGAGUGGUCAAUCUCCAGUCUAUGGUCAGCUCAUUGUUUCAUAGCAUAAGGCAUACUGGGAAAAAUGUGAAAGUGCAUGAUCAAGAAGAGAGAUUAGGUCUGUAAAUCAUUAAACUGAAGAGGCAGUCCGGAGUUGCAGAGCUGUUGGCUUAACAAGAAUCAAGAAUUACAGAACUUUUACACUGACAUAACUUUUGGUAAAUAAGUUAUGCAUGCCAUAGUCAAAAAAGAUUUAUC